AUGGAGUUUUACAUGACAGAUAUCCCGGCAUCUGCUAGUCCCAAGCAAAUACGUGCUGCUCUGGGAUCUGUCCUCAAAAAAUAUUUUAUUUACGCAUUCGAACUCCGACAGUGGCAGAGCAAGAAGUUUAGGCACCUGCAAGAAGGUUGUUUUACCGUACACGAUGCCGCUAUUGGAGAAGAGAUCUUCAAAAAACAUGGUACACCGGAGCCGAGAACUAUACUUCGGGGUACGAGGUACAUUAAAAUUGCUAGCAGAGCUCAGACUCCUGUGAUCAUUUCUGGGUCUGCGAUCAGUAUCAAGCGGAGUAAUAAGAACUCUGCAGUACCCGAGCAUCUUAUUCGUGCGCUCCGUGAAGAGAACGAAAAGGUUGCGAGGAAUAUGGCAAAUCGACAACCUGCGGAUAAAAAACCUUAUCGCACACCUUUCGCAUUCCAAGGUUUUGAGUGCGGUGUAUGGACUACCGACCCCAGAAAUUUCGACUUACCGACAUUUUCUUCAUUUUACUACAGCGCACGGCCUGGGAAUUUUAAGAUGACACGCCAAGCUAUUCAAGUGGAGUUAUUCAAGACGAUGCCAGCAUUGGGGCACCCUGUUGGACAGUAUAUGCUAUGUCCGACUGGUACCAUACGAUCUUCGAUCAUUUCCAAUGAGAGUACAGGAACAUACUUCAUCAUCUCCUUGCGCUGGUCGCCGAAACUUUAUGAAAAGCUCGAAUCAACAUCAUCUCCAACAAGCCCGCUUAAUGCCUACGGAAGCCCCAUUUUCCAAGCCCCUCCGUCGCGACGUCUCAAUAAGGCAAGAAUUCCUUCACUCGACGAAAAGCACGCCAAGAUUGUAUCGUAUUGUUUUGUGUACCGCUUCAAACUCAAGGAAGCACAUGAAGCUAUUCGUCUUAGCACCGUUGGCUCCAUUCCAGGAUUUCAGGAUAUUCAAAGUCUCAAAAUAUUCCACCAGUAUGUCAGUUACGACUUCCAACGGUCUAUGGAAGGCCUGGAGGAACAACUUCGUACCCUGCCAUUUGAUGUCGCAUUCCAAAUGCACUCGCUCGUUUUGAAUGGCGUGCUUCUUCCUCACCGUGUCAAAGAACUUCUUGGUGUUGUCCGACGAGCGAUACAAAACUCCUAUAGCAGCGUAUCUCAGGUAGAAUCCAACCGCGACUCGAAUGGAACAGGAAUCAACGCGAGGGAACAUGCUACGCAGGUCGUGGCUUCAGUUUUUAAAUCGUGGGCAGGGGAAUGGGAGCCCCAAUUACCAUCCGAAGACCCGCAGAUUUGGUUGUCCGAAAAUAUCCAGAAAGACUUUCUCGAAGCAUUAGAAACGAAGCAAAAAAGUCAAGAAUACAUGGUCCGAAUGAAGUUUUAUAGAAAGGAAAACCAAGUCUUAAUCCAUCGGAUGUCCAUUACACCCACCGGAAUGUUUCCUGGUGGCCCAAACUUAGAGCCAAAGAAUAGAGUGUUAAGAGAGUAUCAUGAUUAUCUUAACCACUUUCUUCGAGUAUCGUUGGUAGAGGAAGAUGGUGGGGACCUACGAUUUGAAAGCGGCGUGGAUGGGAAAUAUAUUUACGACGGAAGAUUCCUUCCCUUCUUGAUGCCGGAGAGCAAUCUCCUAAAAAUCGCCGGUCGGACCUUUAAAUUUUUGGGUUUCAGUCAAAGUUCUUUAAGGUCUCAUACAGCAUGGUUCAUGGCGACAAUAUCAACGCCAAGAAGGACGAUAACGGUAGACGGGGUUAUUGAACGUCUGGGUGAUUUCAAAUCCAUUAAAAUUCCCGGCAAAUGCGCGGCGAGAAUCGGGCAAGCAUUUACAGAUACAGUUGCGAACAUCAAGAUCGAUGACUUUAUGAUUGCCCAAAAACGGGAUAUCAUAAAGAUCGCACCUGGUGGGAAAAAGUAUACGUUCAGCGAUGGAUGCGGCACUGUUUCUAAGCCCCUGAUUGAGUUGAUUUGGAAAAAGGGCGAGUUUACUUCAGAUCCGAAACCGACAGUUUUUCAGAUCCGAUUCCGAGGAGCCAAGGGAGUUGUUGCACUUGACAGUACUCAACGCGACCCCAUUCUAUGUCUUUACGACUCAAUGGUAAAGUUCGACGGCUUGAAGAACAAGGUCUUCGAAAUCUGCCGAAGUUUCACAAAGCCAUUGCCAUUUUAUCUAAACCGAUGUAUUAUCAAAAUCCUCGAAGACCGCGGAGUCCCCAUAAAAAACUUCAUGGACCUGCAGGGAAGAGCCCUAGCAACACUUCGUGAGAGGACCUUUACCCCGGAUAGCGCUGCCCACUUCCUAGACUACCAAAAUAGGUGUACGCAAGCAAAUAUCCCAUUCCUUAUCCGAGAACUAUUCGCCCUGGGCUGGGAUUAUAAAGAAGACAAUUUCCUGAGGAAGGUAGUCGAGUUUACCAUGCUGACCACGCUUCGAGAUAUGAAGUAUCGUGCAAGAAUACAAGUCGACAAGGGAUUUACUUUAGUCGGGGUGCUUGAUGAAACAGGAUAUCUCCAAGAAGGGGAGAUAUACUGUCCCAUACAAAGAGAAGGCGGAAAAAGAGAGGCACACCGAGGUGUCGUCGCUAUCUGCCGAAACCCGGCACUUCACCCCGGCGAUAUCCAAAUAGUGACAGCGGUCGAAGUGCCCUAUGAUUCGCCACUCCGCGAUCUCAUGAAUUGCGUCGUUUUUUCGCAGAGAGGGCAAAGAGACUUGCCUAGUAUGCUUUCCGGUGGGGAUCUGGAUGGUGACAUUUUCCAUAUCUGGUGGGAACCUAGUUUGAUGCCGAGAUUCAGCUCUGCACCUUCAGAUUUCCCGGCUGUCGAAGCUUUAAACUACGAUAGAGAUGUUACACAGGCGGAUAUCGGAAAAUUCUUUUUGGAUUUUAUGGAGAACGAUAAGCUGGGGGUUAUCAGCGUCGCUCAUAUGGUUCUAGCCGACCAGGAACCAGCGGGUGUGAGGAGCGCCGCCUGCCUGACGUGUGCAAGAAUGGCAUCGCAAGCAGUAGACUUCCCGAAGACAGGUGUUCCAGUAAGAAUGAGCGAGCUGCCCAGAACACCUAAAGCACGCCCAGACUUCCUCGCGCCGGGUCCAGGUGUCAAAUUUAUCAACGGCGACCCAAACCUCGUCACCGAUGAAUACGAGGACGAGUUCAAGUAUGAAUGGUUAGAUUUCGAAACCGGUCAAAUCGACCUUUCGAAAUUCGAUGAUGCAGAUGACCCAUUCAAAAGCGGCACAGAUUUCCGCUAUUAUAAAUCGGACAAGGCGCUUGGUUACUUAUUCCGAGAAAUAGAUGAAGAAAAAUUCAUAAAGGCAUGGGAGGAUAAUGCUGCGCGGUUUGAAAGGGGUCCUAACGACCUCCUGAAGAAAGUACAGGAAUAUAUGGUUCGGUCAGUGGACAUGGAAGUAAUGUUAGGGCUAUAUGGAUUCGCGCAGGAUUUGCGGAUGAGCUACGAGAAUAACAUCCGCGAUUUAUCCCAUAAUUACGCCAUAAACCGCAACAACGAUGCCCUAGAGGAAGUGGAAGUCUUCAUCGGCGCCAUCAUCGGUACCGAAAGUCAUCGCCUAUCACGUAUCGUCCGUGAUAGUGCAGAAGAAAUGCGUGGUGAAGUUACAAGGCUGAUCAGCCAUGUUGCUGCGAUUAUCAGAUUUGGAAGUGAGGGAAGCUCGGCAGUUAGGGAUGGACAUUAUGAUGGCCUUACUUUGGAGAGGGCGUUAGCUUGCGUGCAGGCUUCGUUUACGGCUAGGGAGGACGAUGAAGGUGGAAGUAGCUUUGGAUGGAUAGCAGCGGCGAUCGGGUUGAAGGAGUUGAGUAAGAGGGCAGUGGUUAAUUCUUUAGCGGACAACUUGGGGGGAAUGAGGAUUUAA